AGGUCACCGAAACAACAAUUCAUAUGAAAAAUUUACUCGUAAAAACUAACAAUUCAUAUGUUUGAAGACUAACCUCUCCGCUUCUUUGUUCCUCCGUGGUUGCUCUCCCUCAACAUCGUCGUCGCUUCCGUCGUGGAUUGCUUGCCAGAUUUGAGAAGGCAACCUGUUCUCAGGCGCCCGUGAGUUUCAUAUUUAUUCUUAACGCUUUGUGCUUCCGCCUUCUCAUUCUCCUUCAUUUACCUAUUAAUCAAUUGAUAGAGGAGUUUUGGAACCCCUUGAAGUCUAAAGCUCUAGGAAUGGACCCCAAGCACACGGGAGAAAUUCUGAAGCAUUUGGAGAAGCAGGGUGAGUUUCUUAUGGAUGCUUAUAGAUCAAUGUCCCACGAACUACAUAAACUUCAGGUGGAAGAAGAAAUGCUGAUGCGCAAGUUUUAUGAAAUAAUGUCAGCUCAUGGUCUAGUAAAGAAGAAUGAAGAUGAUCGUAAUAGUUCUGGCAGCGCAAGGAAUGGCGAUAACAACAUCGAAUAAAUUACCGCAGCCACUCGAUCCAAGGAAAGUCUCAAUGUGACUCUCAUGUAUUUAUUUUUUUG